CUCACACACACCCUGCUGGCUCUGAACAGAGAAGUUAGGGAGGCACAGCGUGGAGCGCAGACAGAAAACAGACGAAGAGACCACUGACUGUCCAAUAAAAGAUGUCCGUGACUAUCUCCAGGGAUUUGAGUGUCCAGGUGCUGGACGAUCCGAACAAAGUGAAACUGACUGACAGACAACAGCAGCUGCACGCCGCCAUACAGAAGGGCGAACCCAAAUGUCUGGGGUUGAGCCAAGUGAUGCUGGGGCUGAUGGUUAUGAUCUACUCACUGCCUCUACACUUCAUUGAAUACACUCAUGUUGUCAACUUCGGCGUUCCCUGGUGGACCGGAUUAACAUUCAUUGCAGCAGGAUCGAUUGCGAUGAUGUUGGAUAAACACUUCUCAGUGAAGAUCGUGCAGGUGUGUUUGGUAACGAGUGUGGCAGCUAUGGUGCUGUCAGCGGUGGCUGUGAUCAUCUACUCUCUGGAUUUAUACAAACAUACGCUGCCGCACUGUGAGACGAUGACAGGGCACUACACAUAUUACUCAGAAGACCCCUGUAAGGACCAAAUCAACGCCACGAAAUUCUCCAAGGGGUUAAAAUCGUCUCUGCUUUUCUUCACGUUGGUGCAGGCAGCCCUCUCUGCCGUAUUCUGCUGGCUUCUCUACAGGCAGAAACACAUCUUUUCACAAUACGCAGCUAUCAAUUUACUUUCUUCCAGGCACAAUGAAACAAAAAUAAUGAACGGAAAGUGAAGCUGAUAUGAUUAUCCAAAUGUAAAUGUUCUGGCUGUUUCUUGUGCCCACAAAUGACAAGUUUUCUUGAUCGCUUCGAUCUGCUUAAGGAAACUCAGUUUUCAUCAUCUAUUUUUUUCUCGCCUUUUUGUGAAAUGUUUAACACAGAUGUCACAAACUCUACUGUUUUAGCGAUAUAUCAACCAAAAGAAAUGACCUGUUUCUGUUAGAAAUUACCAAGUCAAGCAUGAGAAUCAACAAUCGGUAUUUCUUUAACUGUAAUAGAUUUGUUACUUUCUUAAUUUCUUAUUCUCUGGUUUUAUUUUUUGUUUACUUUUACAGAAUUCUCUGUUUUCAGUCACAGUUUGAAAAAAUGUCAUGGAGUCAAUAAAAUUUGAAUCAAAGAAAAAUUUGGCACUGGCAUGAAAACGAUGUAGAAGGUGCACACAGUGUUUUUAUUUUUUUUGUCUCUUGUAUAACGAUUGAUACGAAGAGAUCACACACCUGGUUGCAAGUUGCCUUGUUGACGGUAAUAUUUGCUUUUGUUUCAUAAUUAAAACCCAAAUUUUUUUUUUACUUCCAUUUGACCAACCAAACCAACCAGCUGUUUUUUGGCAAUAACUUAAUGUUUUUUGGUGUCUGGAAAAUGAGCCAUUUCAAAAAUCCUUGUGAAUGUAAAUCAGCAGCACUGUCCGUUACCUAGCAACCCCAGCGAAGUCCAGCCCCAUUACCUAGCAACCCCAGCGAAGUCCAGCUCCGUUACCUAGCAACCCCAAUGAUUUCCUACACUUCAGCAUAAUGAGUCACCUUUAAAUAUUUUUGGCAAACAAAAUGUGUCACUUUGACCUUUUUUUUUUUUUUUUUUAGGCCUGUGUGUUUACUGUUUUGAAAAUCCUGUAUCUUCUACCUGCUCCUUUUUCAACAACUUAUGUAAAAUUGCAUGUCAGUGUGCUU